CUUGCCACGGAGGAACCAAUUUGGACCUAUAAUUCCACAAUUCAUGCUAACAUUAGCUGCAAAGUGGAUGUUAUGGUCAAUAUGACAAACGAAGCGAUCAACUUCAAUAGGACAAUGUAUUAUCAUGGAAACAAGUCAGGAUAUCCGGUGGAAGGCACGUUUUUUCCUUAUAACGACUCGGAUCCAUAUGCGAUUUUAUUUGGUGCGCCAGGCGGCUUUAAAGAGGGUUAUGAGCUCAUAAUCUACGCCAACGACAACUACACCUGCGCCGUGAUGAAUGUGACACUAACACUGGGCGUUCCAAGCUUCUGGUUUGACCUGCGCGUGAGAAAUUCCUCUGUCACCCUUGGGCCCGAUCGAGACUGCCAAAAUUACUACAAGCACGUUGCUCCGAAGUCGGAGCAACUGUAUAAUCCGAAAUGUCAGGCGAUUCUACAGCAUUCCGAUGCAACUCCAGUUCGGCGGCUGGAUAUAUUGAACUAAAGAAAUGGCAACAGACAAUUAAUCAUUCAUUUCUUCCAUUAGGUUUUUUUAUACAUAUUUGCACAUUUAUGGAAUAAAGUGUAGAAUGCUUGGC